AGCCAGGGAAAGUGGUUCGUCAAGCGCGCUGCCCGCUGGAGGGCCCGGUGUGGCUGUGUCUGUUUUACCGGAGAGGGAGAGACGUGACUUCACUGUGACACGCAGGUCCCUUGAAACCAGUCCUCGCUGGCGUCGAGCCCUUAACAACCUGAGUCACUUUUUCUGGGUAAACAAAGAGAAUGAAAAUGCGCAGCACUGGAGUGAAGGAAGCGGGGAGCCGGGGAGCGGUCUGGGGUCACAAGAGGGCUCUGGAGCGACCACGCAGGUAUUUGCCCAAGUCCUUCCUUCCGUGGCUGUACUCUGAAUAACGUCGUGGGAAGCAGAAACCAGGGACCGGACUGUUUUUUACCAGCAGCGUCUCCCUUCUUCCGCCUCGCCUCCAAACCCGCCUUGGGAACCGGGUGUGGCACAGUGCCCGUGGAUGCCAAGCAGAGCGGAUAAUGUCAGGAACUUAGUGGGGUGACAAAAUCCUGAGAACCUGGUGGUUACAGUAAGAAGACUCCGAUUUGGACAGUCUUGCCUGCAGCUCGGUUAACAGGGAACACGCCACUCGACCUGACCCUUAAAAGGCUACAUUUGCUGGAGUUCAGACUGAAGAUUGGGGCCAGUUUAUGCACAUCUGUGACAUAAUUAACACUGCCCACGAUGGGCCAAAAGAUGCAGUAAAAGCUUUGAAGAAAAGGAUUUCGAAAAACUACAAUCAUAAAGAAAUCCAACUCACCUUGUCACUUAUUGACAUGUGCAUGCAGAACUGUGGUCCAAGUUUCCAAUCUCUGAUUGUGAAGAAGGAAUUCAUUAAAGAUAGUCUGGUUAAGCUUCUGAACCCCAGAUACACCUUGCCAUUAGACAUUCAGCAUAGAAUCUUGAAUUUCAUCAAGACUUGGUCGCAAGGUUUCCCAGGAGGUGUGGAUGUCAGCGAAGUGAAAGAAGUGUACCUUGACCUUCUCAAGAAAGGUGUUCAGUUUCCUCCCUCAGAUGCAGAGGCUGAAACAGCAAGACAAGAGGCCACUCAGAUCUCCUCGAAUCUACCAACCUCUGUUCCUACCGCACCAGCUCUUCCUUCUGUAAUUGUUCCCAAGAGCUCUACUCUUACACUGGUCCCAGAACAGAUUGCAAAAUUGCACAGUGAAUUGGAUAUGGUGAAAAUGAAUGUGAGAGUGAUGUCCGCCAUAUUGAUGGAGAAUAUUCCUGGAUCUGAAAACCGUGAAGACAUAGAGCUUCUGCAGAAACUUUAUAAGACAGGUCGAGAGAUGCAGGAGAGGAUCAUGGACCUGCUCAUAGUGGUGGAGAAUGAAGAUGUAACUGUUGAGCUAAUUCAGGUGAAUGAGGAUUUGAAUAACGCCCUCCUUGGAUGUGAGAGAUUCACUCGGAAACAACAAAGGAUUUUGGAGCAAAAUAGGAACCAGGGGGAAGAUGCCAAUACUGCCAGUGAACCUUCUGCCCCAUCUUGUGAUCUCUUGGGCCUUAGACUCAGUCCUCCAAUGCCUAGGGCCUCUCUGGGAGAACUCAACACCACGAAUGCUCAGCUUUCAGACUUAAAUUUCAACUCUCCAAGUCCUGUUGUAACAAACAACUUGAACCCCAGUCUUCAUCCACAGGUGGAUUUACUAGCCUUGGAAAAUACAGAAACACCCCUGUUUGCCCAAAGGACCAGCCAGAACAUCACCUCAAGUCCUACAUAUGAAAGUUUUCUUCAGUUUCCAGAAUAUUCAAAUUCAGUACUACAGCCAGUUAGUCUGCAGAACAUUCCAGCAACACUGUCAAGCCAGAGACCGCCUUCCUUGCCCAGCAAUCAUCCAGCAAUGACAAAGAAUGAUCUCCAGCCACCCAAUUACUACAAGGUAAUGGAGUUUGAUCCCUUAGCUCCUGCUGUCGCUACAGAAGCUGUUUAUGAAGAAAUUGAUGUUCAUCACCAGAAAGGAGCUCCAAGUCAUAGUGACUGUUGAGGUGAAAGUGGAUGACCAGCUCACUAACUACAUUAGAGGUGCCAACUCUAAAAUGUAGACCCUGUGCAGCUUUGAGGCCCGGAAGACAAGACCUACCAGUACAUCAGAAGCUUGGUGGAACAUUUUUCCUCGGCAAUAAUGAAGUUUCACAGAAGAGUAACAGUUCCAGAGGAAUAUUUACGCUUCCAGACCACAGUUUAAACUUUAUCUCAAAAGAACUUGGGUUAACAUAUAUUCACUUAAAACUUCAGAAGAAAAAUCCAUUGUACUGAGGCCAAGUAGUUUAAUGAUAGCAUCUUAGGUUUCACAGGGCUUCCUACCUUUAGAAAAGAAAUCCUCACACAGCUGUGAUGAGUAGAUGAAGAUUUUUAUUACAAAAUUAUGAAGACUAUUGAGUGCCUUCAUUUAACUAAGUUGAAUGUAAAAGUCAAUUUGUACUUUUUUAUAAUACUUGUUUAGAAUUAGAAUUAUAACUUGUAAAAGCCUUCAUGAUUUAUAUUUCAGGUACCCUGAAGAGGUCACUGGACUGUUCAUUAAAGUUGCCUUGAAAUAUGAUUCUUUAUAAUACUAGAUGAUCUUUUUUUCUCCCCUUUUUACUGUAAUAUUUCUAUUUGGAACAAACACUACUGGAAAACAUUCAGAAUAAAUUGUGCAUUCAUUUAUGUCA